AUAUGUAAUUANCGUCGUCGUUUGAGACCGUCUUCUCUUCUCCUCUCCAGUCUUCCCGUUCUUUUUCCAAAUCCAUGUCUUCUGCAUUUUCCCUUUUUACAAAAUUCUUGAACCCUGUAGGGUGAUUUGCACAAAUACGCUGAUCAAAUCGGUAAUUGAGCUGCACAUCCUCGAAACAGAAGAAAUGGUGAUGGUAACAGUCGUACGAGAUUACAUAAAUCGCAUGUUACAAGACAUUUCGGGCAUGAAAGUCCUUAUCCUAGACUCCCAAACGGUUAGUAUUGUGAGUGUAGUAUAUUCUCAAUCUGAUCUUCUUCAGAAAGAAGUGUUUCUGGUGGAGCUGGUAGAUUCAACUUCCAUGUCUAAAGAACCCAUGUCACAUCUCAAAGCUGUGUAUUUUUUACGUCCUACGCCUGAGAACAUUCAGCUAAUGAGACGUCAGCUUGCUGCUCCUCGGUUUGGAGAGUACCACCUCUUUUUCUCCAAUAUGUUGAAAGAUACGCAACUUCACAAUUUAGCAGACUCUGAUGAGCAUGAAAUAGUUCAACAAGUGCAGGAGUUCUAUGCAGACUUUGUUGCAGUUGAUCCUUACCACUUCAUCUUUAAUAUUGCUUCAAAUCACAUGUAUAUGCUCCCGGCUGUGGUAGAUCCUUCGAGUUUACAGCACUUCUGUGACCGAGUGGUUGAUGGAAUUGCUGCCGUUUUCCUGGCCCUGAAAAGAAGGCCUAUUAUCCGUUAUUCGCGAACGUCGGAUAUUUCGAAAAGGAUAGCACAAGAAGCUUCGAAGCUCAUGUACCAGCAGGAAAGUGGUCUUUUUGACUUUAGGCGUUCAGAAGUUUCUCCGUUGUUGCUUAUUGUUGAUAGGCGGGAUGACCCUGUUACUCCACUGCUGAACCAAUGGACGUACCAGGCGAUGGUUCAUGAAUUAAUAGGCAUUCAAGACAAUAAAGUGGACCUCAAAAACAUUGUAAAGUCAUCAAAGGAUCAGCAGGAGGUUGUACUGUCUUCCGAGCAAGAUGCCUUUUUCAAAACUAACAUGUACGAGAAUUUCGGAGAUAUUGGAAUGAAUAUUAAAAAGAUGGUGGAUGAUUUUCAACAAGUUGCCAAAAGCAAUCAGAAAAUUCAAACAAUAGAGGACAUGGCCAAAUUUGUUGACAACUAUCCAGAAUACAGGAAAAUGCACGGCAAUGUAUCCAAGCACGUGACAUUAGUCACAGAAAUGAGCAGGAUUGUUGAAGAACGAAAACUUAUGUUAGUGUCACAAACGGAGCAAGAAUUAGCUUGCAGUGGUGGGCAAGGGGCAGCAUUUGAGGCUGUUACAAAUCUUUUGAAUGAUGAAAAUAUUUCCGAUGUUGAUCGUCUGCGCCUGGUUAUGCUCUACGCAUUGCGAUAUGAGAAGGAAAGUCCCGUUCAGCUGAUGCAGUUAUUCAAUAAAUUGGCAGCUCGAUCUCCCAAGUAUAAGCCUGGGCUUGUGCAGUUUCUACUGAAACAAGCAGGGGUCGAUAGAAGAACCGGGGAUCUUUAUGGGAAUAGGGAUCUGCUUAAUUAUGCGCUUAAUAUGGCUCGUGGUCUCAAAGGGGUGGAGAAUGUGUACACUCAACAUCAACCUCUGCUUUCUCAAACAAUGGAGAGCAUUGUUAAAGGACGUUUGAGAGAUGUGGACUAUCCUUAUGUUGGAAAUCAUUUCCAGCAAGCUAGGCCACAGGACGUGAUUAUAUUCAUUGUUGGGGGGACUACCUAUGAGGAGGCUCGCUCGGUUUCUCUUCAAAAUGCUAGUAACACUGGGAUUCGUUUUAUCCUUGGUGGUUCUAUUAUCGUCAAUUCGAAGAGGUCUGNUUUCUUGAACGAAAGAUUAGUAACAGUGACACUGCUAAUAAUAGUAUUUCUGUUUUUGAAGGACCUUGAAGAAGCAAAGAGAAUUACUCGGACGAGCAGUAACGCGAUUUGAGAACCUGAUGACACGAAACUUUCCUAAAUCCCAGAAGAGGUGUAAGUUAAGCAUUUUUUAGGUUUUUUUUUACAUUUUUUUUUUCCCUUUUAGAAACUCUAGAUAUUGUUGGUUGAAACUGUACAUAGUCUCAACGGCGGUGACAAACAAUUCUGGCCAAUCAAUUUUUGUUUCAACAAGAAAAAUUGGCUUAACCGAUUUAUUUGACGAAAAUAGUAAUAUGUUGUUCAAGUAUGUAGUAGGUGUUAGCUGAGCCUGUUUUCUGUUUAACGGGUUGUCCAUUGUAGAUUUUGAAUAUGCAAGCAAUUGUUUCUUGUUGAAUAUUGAUACUAUUAUCUCGUGUAAUGGAAAUUAUCUUGUUCGCGC